AUGACGAGCAAAGAGAGUUACGAAUUGGCUUCAACUGGCCAGGAAAAUGGAAUGAAAGUCGCCAGUUAUGGCAGUAGCCGACACAAAGUCUCCAAAUUGAUAUCGUGCGCCAUCUUUUUGGGAGCAGUCAUCAUAGCGAUCGGUCUUGCUAUUGGGAUAGCAAUUGGUCUGUCAAAUCGCGACUACACUGACCGACAGAUCAACACUGACGGCAACAAGCCACUGUUCUCGUCCCAGCUCGGCCGAUACCGGUAUGCCUCGGUGGCUUCUGACGCUACUAUAUGCUCCGAUAUUGGGACAGACAUCCUCGCUCGAAAACGAGGCUCCGCCGUGGAUGCAGCCAUUGCUUCACUCUUCUGUAUGGGAGCUGUUAACAUGCAUAGUAUGGGGAUUGGCGGAGGUUUCUUUGCAACCAUCUAUGACAGUGAGACAAAGAUGGUCAAAGUUAUGGAUGCUCGUGAAGCGGCGCCUUGGAGAGCGAAUGAAACCAUGUACAAUGGCAAUAAAGAUAAGGCUUUGUUUGGGGCGCUGGCCAUUGGUAUACCAGGGGAGGUCAAAGGUUAUUGGCAGAUGCACCGGGAGUACGGCAAACUACCCUGGUCUGACCUCAUCCAACCCACAAUUCAGCUGUGUGAGAGAGGAAUUCCGGUGACACCUGCUUUGUCACGAGCUAUAGACAGACUUGUUGAAAUGGACGCAUUAUCCGACGAUCUCAGUCAAAUGUUGACCAACCCCGUCACAGGGUUAUUGGUGAAAGAGGGAGACGUGGUAAAACGUCCAAGAUUUACCAGAACCUUGCGUAUCCUGGCACAGGAGACUGGGGAGGGUUUCUACCAUGGCGGCUUAGCCACCGACAUUGCCCAUGACAUCCUAGACCGAGGUGGAAUCAUCACAGAACGGGACUUGGAAAUGUACAAGGCCAAAUGGAAAGCGCCUCUGACGUUUGGCAUGAAGGACGGUUCCAUCUUGUACUCUCCACCAGCGCCAUCUAGCGGAGCAGUACUCUCACUUAUACUGAGUAUAUUAGAAGGUUACGGAUUCAGCAACGACUCUCUAGGCACAGAGGAGAAGACAAUACUGACCUAUCACCGGAUUGCUGAGGCCAUGAAAUUUGCAUACGCCAAGCGGACGAAUUUGGGAGACUCCGACUUCGUGGACGUAGAUGAGUUAGUGAAAAAUAUGACAACACCCGAAUAUGGUGAAAGUCUUCGGAAGCAAAUUUCUGAUCACACGACCUUUGACCCCUUGCACUAUGGACCUACCUUUCAUGAUGACAUGAAGACUGGUACCGCCCACUUGUCUUUGAUGGACGUGGACGGCAAUGCUGUCUCAGUGACGAGCACAAUAAACCUAUAUUUCGGAUCCGGUGUCGUUGGAAAAAGAACAGGGAUAAUCUUUAACGAUGAAAUGGACGACUUUUCCAUGCCGAACAUCAUCAACGCUUUUGGCAUCAAACCUUCGCCUGCCAACUUCAUUUACCCAUUUAAGCGGCCAAUGUCCUCUAUGUGUCCUGCCAUAAUAGUAAAGGGAGAUAAAUCAGUGAGAAUGGUAACUGGUGCUGCAGGAGGUUCAAAGAUAACAACUGCUGCUGCGCUGGUUGUUUUAAGAGCACUGCGCUUUGACCAAGAUUUGAAAACUGCCACAGACUCACCUCGAUUUCAUCACCAGUUGUUACCGAAUGAAUUGAUGGUAGAGGAAAAUGGAUUCUCUGAGGUAAUACUUGAAGGUCUAAAGGCUAAAGGUCACGUGAUCACAACAUCCAAUCCGAGAGGGUCAGUGGCUCAGACGAUAUUGACCAAUAGCACGGACAUUCUAGGCAUCUCAGACGACCGGAAAAGCGCAAAGGCUUCUGGGUACUAAUGUGGUUCACGAUGAAUGGCCAGUCUCCUGUGGUUGCGCUUUUACCAGGAGCGAAGUGUUUGGAUCUUAUCAUCUGAACUGGUAUUUGGACAUCCGGCGGAAGUAUUUGGAAGUCAUCAGUCAGCCAGAUGGUUUUCAAGAUGGCGAUGACGCCUUACGAACGUCAUCUGAGAAAAGAUUUGCACGUCAGGAUAUGCCCUAGAAAUCGGCCUGGCCACAGAAUUGUCACCUCAUACCAGUACGUUUGACACUCAUCGCAUUUUCACAAAACUUGGGUUACCAAGUUUACCUAUGACUGUACAGUAAGGCGUGCCAUGUCCAGUUUCCUGACAAACUGCGCCUCCUCAUUCACGCACCUAGAUUAACACGUUGUACCAACUUUCAAAACCCAUUCCAUUUAAUUUUCACACAGAAUUUGCUUCCAUAUUUCUUACUCAAA